AUGGCUGCCCGGAUCACAGUCGGCCAGCUUCCGGCCAUGUUUGCUCGUCGCCAGCCCAGGGUUUUCAGCAUCAGCAAGCGCUUCCAAUCCACCGCUCCCACAACACAGAACCCCGCCUAUCCGCUCUACCCCUCUGUUGCCCAGCUCCUCCGUGAGAAGGGCAUCUCCAAGGACGAUGUCUCCAAGAUCCCAGCAUCCGGACCCAAGGGCCGCCUCCUCAAGGGUGACGUCCUCGCCUACCUCGGACAGAUCGCCUCCGAUUACCCAUCAACCCAGGCCGCAAACCUGGCCAAGCUCGGCCACCUCGACCUGAGCAACAUCAAGAUCGCGCCGGCUCCGGCACCAGCCGCACCAGCCCCGGUGGAGGAGGCGGUCAUCGCCGCACCUCCUCCCAUGGCCUCGGUCGCCAUCUCCAUCUCCCUGGCCGCCGUGCUCUCCGCCCAGAAGAAGAUUCAAGACAAUCUGGGCGUCACAGUCCCUCUGUCCCGCUUCCUGGCCGCAGCCACUGACCUCGCCAACGACGACCUCCCCCGCGUUGGCUCCAGUCGCUCCGCCGAUGAGCUCUUCGAUGAGCUUCUCGGUGCCGAGCCUAUCAACACUUCCCGCGGUGAUUACAUCCCCGAGCUGAACGCUUUCGAGGCUCCCAAGACCAUCUCCCAGUCCAACCCUGUUGAGGAGGAUCUGAUUGACUUCCUCAGCUCUAAGUCUGUGAAGAAGUCUGCCCCCUCGGCUCCCGUUGAGCGUUUGGCUGAGGCUGCCGCCAAUGUCUUCAGCCUGACCGUUCCGGCUGGUGAGGAGGUGCGUGCUAAGGCAUUCUUGGAGCGCAUCAAGUCUCUUCUCUUGGUCGAGCCUGCGCGUCUGGUUCUAUAG